AUGUUUCGCCCAGACCACUCCAUUGAGUUACUCCCAGUGAAGACAAGAGUGUUCCCCCGACGCUCAAUGGGACAACGUAACACCAGAAGCAACAGCGACAGCAACAACAAGGCCGAGGCGGCGCUGCUAAACGGCACCGAGGGCCCCCUCAGAUUCAAACAGUCCCCCACGCGUUCUGUGCCACACUUCGAGCAGUCCGAAGAGCCAAAUAAGAAAAAUAGGAAUAAUAAUAGCAGGACCAGCAGAAGCAGCAACAACAACAACGGUGGCGGAAACAAGAGCGCGGAGAAUGGCGGNAAUAAGAAAAAUAGGAAUAAUAAUAGCAGGACCAGCAGAAGCAGCAACAACAACAACGGUGGCGGAAACAAGAGCGCGGAGAAUGGCGGGGACGUGAACCGCACCAUGUCGCUGCCGCUCAUCGCGAAGGGCGGCAGUAACGGCCGCCUGAUAGGCGACGGGGCGUGGCCUGCCAGCUUCUCGUACUCAGCGAUGAAAGAUGGUGAGUCGCGCAGGCAGAAGAAGCCGCGCGAGCUGAAGCAGAAGAAAACCCAAAAGCCUGACAGCGGUAAAAACAGCAGCAGCAACAACAUCACCACCAACAACAACGACAGCAACCUCAGCAUUAGAAACACUGGCGAGCUGAACGAGAAGCCACAGUUGUCCCUCGCCAGGUCGGGUGCACAGCUCAACUCGGAGAUAAUUGCAUCCCGCAGGAACAGCGCUUCGGUGUCGAUGGAGGAGCGGCUGCCAUCGGCUGUAAGCUACAGCGGCUCCCUCAACAACUUCGGCUCGCGCCCGCGGUCGCGCAGCGGCAGCCUGCGGGGAUUGAGCCUGAGCCGCUGCAGCUCCCGCAGCUCCCGCAGCGAUGGCGGCGGCAGCGACGGAAUGCGCAUGCCGCUGACAGAGAAGCAGCAGGUGGCGCUGCGGGAGCUGCCAAUGGCGGUGACUCGGUGUCACACGCCCCCGCCACCGCAGCUCUUGCGCGCCAGCUCGUCCUUCUUGGUGAAGAAGCGGUCACGGCGG